UUAAGAACUAAGGUGUAAAAUAGUUUGAUAAAUUUUGGUGAAAAAUCGCGAUUUUGUCCAUUAUUCGAAGGAACUGAUAGACGCCGAUGAAUAAGGAGUAUCAAUGGAACUAGGCUAUCUAACUCCUCACUCAGUUUAUCUAUUCUAGGCCUAGGCCUACUCGCCAUCACUGACUACUGACUUGGCACCUCUCACACUCACUCACAGUCACAGUCUCUCUUUCAGAGCCUGCCAACUCUAGAUUUGGGAUGAAAUGCCGUCAGUCAUCUAAUCACAAUGAAGUAUUACCACAAGUUAGCUUUUGUUGUGAUUGUCUUCUUCAUUCUGUUGGUAUCCUUCAUCAUCCUGGAACCCGAGAUUCAUGACCAUGGGCUGAACCAUGAACUUCGAGACAGCCAGGACUACUUCGAAUCGGAGACAAACCAUGAUGAUUCUGACAAAAAAGAGGACACUGGGGUGUCGAAGAAAACAUUACAAACUAUUGUCAGUAUGUUUGUGGAGAAAUAUAGGCUGAAUUACAGUUAUAAACUACCCGAGUCUCCAUGGGUGACAGCUGCUAAGUGGGUAAAGCCACGUCAGAUUCAUCCAGAUAAUGCCCCAGAGUUAGGUGCCAUUCUAAGAGAUUUGUCAACUAGGAAAAUUACUGGUGCUAAUGUGGGAUAUCGCGGUACUCAACUUAAGCUGUCUCUUACUUUAGAGGGAGGUCAGAGGGCAGCAUUCAAGCCUAAGUGGUAUGCUAGAGAUUUUGUGAUAUUAGGAAAUCCUUAUGCUGGUGCAGAUAGGCACAAUGGAGAAAUAGCGGCAUUUCAUCUUAACAGAAUAUUAGGAUUCAAUAGGGCACCUCUGGUUGUAGGGAGGAGAAUCAAUCUGAGAGAGGAAGUUAUGCCCAUUGCUGAAGAGAAACUGCUGCAAACAUUUUUCAAAAAGGACAACAAUACCUGUUUUUUUGGAAAAUGUUACUACUGCAAAGGUCCUGAAGAUGGCGUCUGCGCAGAUGGCAGUGUCUUGGAGGGUACAAUGGUACUGUGGCUACCAUCUGAGUGGAAACUUAAAAAUCACCCACACCCUUGGAGGAGGACUUAUAAGGAGGGGAAACAUGCCAAGUGGGAAACUGACAAUUCAUUCUGUCAGUUGGUCAAAAAGUCUCCCCCAUAUAAUACUGGACCUCAACUCUUAGAUCUGUUAGAUGGAGCUGCGUUCGACUACCUCAUCGGUAAUGCUGACCGACAUCACUACGAGACAUUCACUCAGACUGAUAGUAUGGUGCUGCUACUUGAUAGUGCAAAAAGUUUUGGCAAUCCAUUCCACGACGAAUUAUCUAUCCUUGCUCCGUUAUAUCAAUGCUGUAUGUUGCGCGAGUCUACUUAUGAAAAACUAGUCCUUUUACAAAACGGUGUCCUUAGCCAGGUGCUGCGAACUGUUCUUGCCACUGAUCCGAUAUCGCCGAUUCUCACUGAUUUAUAUUACAAAGCAAUGGAUCGUAGGAUGAAGAAAAUCAUACAGCUCAUUCAUAAAUGCAUCGAAGACAAAUCGAAGGAGAGAGUCUUGUUAGUUGAUAAACAUUCCUGAUUGAUUUGGUAUGUUUUACCAUUGAAUGAUACCAUAUUAUUGUUCUUUGGCAGCUACAUUGUAGUUGCUACUGUUACAGGUCAUGUAAACUUAGGAACGGAUGUUUCUUGCUCGUAGUUAAUGUUUUACAUGCACGCGAGUGCUCAUUAGCAGAGAUAACCUCUUAUCUUGAAUCUCGAAAGAAGUCUGUUAUGUCACUAUGAUGACUAUAGCCUAUCGGUAGAUGGUUUCUUAGUGUUUGUGCUUUGUUACAGGAUGAUAUGUAGAGAUAACAGAUCUGGGGGUCGGUGUUUGGGGUUGCUAUCUACAUGUAUUAAAAAGAUUUCUACAAGACAAAAAUUGUGUUUCCUUUGUUGUUAAAAUUUUAGACUUGUUGCCUUUAAAAUUUGUGAACUGUUCAAUAAUUUCCAUAUCUUUUUGUCAUAAACUGUACUUCUGUUAAAGAAAACAAACUUGUUCGAAUUCUGAUGAGCAUCUCCUGAGACUAUUGACAGCAGCCAGGUGGUCCAGAGAUUUUUGGUAUUGACAUAUAAAAAAUGCGUUAAAUAGUACAUUGGUACUGUACUGGUCACACUUGUGUGUGAGGAAUGCUUUCAGCAUCACUGCAUGCAAAUCAAACCACAUGCAGUUCAUAAACUGUGCAAAAGGCAACAGGAGACCCCCAAUUGGACCACCUAGCUCGUGCCAACAGUUCCCAUGAAAUAUCGUAGUUUUGAUAAUAUGUUUUUCUAAUGCUUGUGAAAGUUUAUUUGAUAUUAGCCUGUUGUUUUCUGUAUUGUUGUCGAAUUUGUUGCCGAGCUGCCCAAGAAUUUUCAUCUGCCAGUCUCUAUAUUUUCUUUUAUGAAACACAUGGGAUUCAAUCAAAAUUAGACCAAGGAAACAAGAUUCUUCUUACGAUUUCCCGUCAAUGCUUACUUUAUAUCUAGAUUUAACAGUCCAUGAUAUUGCUUCUAAGAUAUUCUGAUAAAUUUACCUUUUUGAGCUUGGCCUUUGUUUAGAUCAUCAGUCCAACUCAAGCAGAGAGAAAAUUGACAAUAGUUAAAAAGAGAUUCAAUGUGUUGUAUCAUAUCACUAUACACGUAAUGUUACUCAUUUAAAUUCUUUCAGGAGAUUUGAAUAUUCAUAUUAUUAUCCUGUGUAGAUAUAGGAUGCUGUGAUAUUGUAAUUGGUGCUUGGGAAUAAAAUCUAUGAUGUCUGUCUGUUGA